AUGACCGUUACUGAUACCCCGGACGGCUGUUAUGCUACUUCAACUCUACUCACUCGAUGGGUUGAUACUGUAAAUCAACAGUCACCCAUUCACCUUGCUCUUAUUUCUCUACCGAUCACUCGUCCAUGUGUUUUUCGUCUACGUUCUCUCGAAGAUGUUUAUGCAAAGUCGGCACUAUUUCGAUUCCUUAUUCGCAAGGGGCUUCCACCUGUACCAUUGUUUCUGAGUACUACAGCAGCUGCGGCUUGGGCCAUGAAAAGAUCUUAUGAUCAUUCAAGAUUCUUGGUUGUCCAGAUUGUUGGUACACUCUACCCACUUUGGAAAUGUUGGCAAUUGGUCAAACAAACAGACCAUCAAGAACCUGAUACCUACAAAGCAUGGUUGACUUACUGGAUGAUCUACGGCGUAUUCCAAGUGCUGGAUCACUGGAGCAUCCAAAUGCAUCAUCAUUGUCCUAACUAUACUUUGUAUCGUCUUGCUAUUCUUUAUUGGGCUCAGAGCUCCAAGGCAUAUGGAGCAUCAUUAAUUCAUCGCCAUGUAAUUCAAAAGCCAGAAGACGAAGAUGAUGAUGUUCCUGCCUUGUCGCCAUCUAGCCGCAGUCACGUCGUAAAUGAACUCUCAUAUCGUAUCUUGGAUGGUUAUCAACCCAACUUGGGUCGAAAGACAAGUGUUAGCAGUGGAUCACACGAUAGCCAAGCGUCAUUUCGUAUUAAUGAACCAGCAUAUACCGUCGACCAUUGUCCGCCUCAAGAGGGAGAACUGAUUGUGAGAGGGGAGAAUAGACACUCGGAAGGGCGAUGGAAGGACAAGCUGAAUGGUAGGCACAAAAAUUUCUUGUUACUGUUUGACAAGGAAGACUUGUGUCGCUUUGAAUCGACUGGAUAA